AUGGACAAAUCGAUGGGCGAGAGGCUAGCAAGAGCGGAAGCAAGCUUGGAGAGGGUGACUCGAGCAAUGAAGACGGCGGCGGGUACAACAACGGCGACAGGUGGACCCAGUGGGACGACCGACCAGACUGACGUCCCUCCAUCAACGAACAAUCAGGUCUCCAUCAUCCCUGCAGGAGCGCAGACGGGCACACAGGAGCCAGGUGCACAAGUGUCACAAGCGGGUGUUCCGGCGAUUGCACCACCAGCCAAGCAGCCUGCUCUCGAGGUUGAAGGUGAAGAGGAAGACCUGGACGGGGUAGCCAUUCUGGAGCUAGACCUCAGAUCUGAAACCGAAGAUAGCACAUGGCAACCUCAGGACCACAUCAACAAAGGGAAGGGGAGACGGGACGAGGGUGAGAGUACGGAUAGAGAAGAGGAGAACAUGAGAACUAGCUUCAAACGCAAAGGUCCACGUAUUGACAAAUUGUCAAAACGCAUCAGCAAAACAGGAAGGCAGGAUAUCAGCCUGAUACGAGUGGCAGUACCAUUAAGUCCACGUAAGACCCUGUCGAGUGACAAGGGCGAGCUGUCCCGGCUGCUAACAGGUGUUGCUCCGAGGCGUGUGUAG